CUGUUCGCGAAUGUUUCCGAUGUUGAUGCUAUCAUAUUCAAUUGUCGCCUUUUUGUUCUACAACUUUUCCCAACUAAAUUAUUGUUGGGCCUUGUUGUUACUAAAAAUGUCUCGCUCUUCACAACUGUAUUCAGUCCCUGAAACUGUCAACUACAAAAAUUCAAAAUGGAAUGCAAUAAUGUUUUUUUAUUAAUGGAAAGUUGAAAGUUGAUGCAAACAUUGUCUGACAUCAUUUGAUUGUCAUCUGUCCCUAUCAGAUUCGUUCAUUUCGGCUUCCGUUUGGGGAAUUGAAUUCUAAUUCCCGAAAAAGACUAUUAUUCCUUGAGCAGCUUAGAAAAAAUCCACUUAAAUCUCGCCUGCUGUGUGCAAAAGUUUCAGUUUACAGACUUUCGAAACAUCAAGUUACGGCAAGUGCAGUUUAAUCUGCUCAACAAAACAUGAUGUAGAUCCUGUUGCUUUCAGAGUUGCGGGGAAGUGUUCGGAAAAUUUCUAAGCUGAGAAGACUUUUGAACCUUGAUGUCUGUGUGAUUGCAGUGCUGAAAAAACAAUACGCAAGAAACACAUUCAAGCAUUCUUGCGGUGCGCAGAGAUUGUGCAAACAAUUUUCACAUUCAAACAAGCAAGUCUGGUUGACCAUUUCGCACGGAUCUAAAGCAACCGGGUAUUUUAAUUGAGAUUUGAUGAGUUUAUAAAAGCUUUUAAAAUGGAUAAGAACAACAACGAUGGGAUUCUCAAACGGAUCGACUUCACGGCGACUGAUGCAGAGCGACGAGUGUCUAAAGGUCAAGCGAAGAUGUUUAUGACAAGAAACGCUGGCGAGAAACAGAACCUAAAAAAGCUUACACGACAUUUAGACAAAGAAAAAGCUGCAAAGGCAUCGCAAAUUUCCUACGCGCAGAAAUUAUUCUUUAAGAAAUAUGGAAAUCGGGCUGUGGAGUAUGAAAAGGGAGGAACGCCAUCUCGAAAAAUUUCACGAGAUCGCAGCUCUAGUUGGGACCCGAUGUUUAUAAGAGAAGAUCCAGAUAAACAAAUUUAUAGAAGCGACCCCGGUGGAGCUCAUGGACUUGGAACCGAUCGUGGAAGAUCUCGCUCUGGUUCGCACGACCACGAUCACAGAUCACGGAAGAUUCCUGAUUCCCGCAGAAAUCCCGUAGCCGAAGAUCAUCUUCGAGUGUUCGUGACACGUCCCUCGUGUACGCCCGCGAGUGUCCCGCGGGUUUUCUCGCUUGGAGAUUUAGCGUCACAAUGUGAAGGCGAUGAAUGUGGGAGGAAGUUUUCUAGCGCGGAGAAUAUAUCGCGCUUGCGCAGUGGAAGUUUCUUUUCUAGUGAGGGCACAAGUCAAAGCUCCAGUGUUGAGGAGCUAGGGACAGGGAAUAACGAAGGAAAUGGCGAUAUAGGGACGCGGCCGAGGUCUCUCUCUGACAUUCUACCCCCAAUAACACUACCUCCAAUUUACCAGCAAGAAGCAAGGCGCCUCAAGCCGAAGUCCAGUAAGUCCAGAACUGGUGGCGGUAUACCAAUGCCAGACAUUUCCAGGAAUCCUGGAAUCACUCGCAGAGUACUAGGGAAACAGCCGUUGCCUAGUGAGCACAAGUCCUCUGAUGGACUGGACAGCACGCUGUCUGACUGCCGGUAUUUGCGCCAGUGGCCGAUUGGGUAGAGUAAUGGCAAAGCGUGUGAUGAAGAUACUUUAAAGGAGGCAAAGAGGAAUGGCUAGUUAGACUACGCUGAGGAUGUACGUGAAUUAAAUGGCUCGGAAAAGCUUACAAUAACAAGGCAAACCAGGCAAUCGCAUUAAGGAAAGAAAAAUCUAUUCUCCCUAAGGGUUUCUCCCUGAUGUUACUCCCUAAUCUAACAGGUUUCUCAUGGUUUCUCCCUAAGGAUUUAUCCCUGAUGGUUUCUCUCUAAUCUAACAGGUUUCUCAUGGCUUCUCCCUAAUCUAACAGGUUUCUCAUGGUUUCUCCCUAAGGGUUUCUCCCUAAUCUAACAGGUUUCUAAUGGCUUCUCCCUAAGGGUUUCUCCCUAAGGGUUUCUCCCUAAUCUAACAGGUUUCUAAUGGCUUCUCCCUAAGGGUUUCUCCCUGAUGGUUUCUCCCUAAUCUAACAGGUUUCUCAUGGCUUCUCCCUAAGGGUUUCUCCCUGAUGGUUUCUCCCUAAUCUAACAGAUUUCUGAUGGCUUCUCCCUAAGGGUUUCUCCAUGAUGGUUUCUCCCUAAUCUAACAGGUUUCUCAUGGCUUCUCCCUAAGGGUUUCUCCCUGAUGGUUUCUCCCUAAUCUAACAGAUUUCUGGUGGUUUCUCCCAAAGGGUUUCUCCCUAAUCUAACAGGUUUCUCAUGGCUUCUCCCUAAGGGUUUCUCCCUGAUGGUUUCUCCCUAAUCUAACAGGUUUCUAAUGGUUUCUCCCUAAGGGUUUCUCCCUGAUGGUUUCUCCCUAAUCUAACAGAUUUCUGAUGGCUUUUCCCUAAGGGUUUCUCCCUAAUCUAACAGGUUUCUAAUGGCUUCUCCCUAAGGGUUUCUCCCUGAUGGUUUCUCCCUAAUCUAACAGGUUUCUGAUGGCUUCUCCCUAAGGGUUUCUCCCUGAUGUUUCUCCCUAAUCUAACAGGUUUCUGGUGGCUUCUUCCUAAGGGUUUCUCCAUGAUGGUUUCUCCCUAAUCUAACAGGUUUCUGAUGGCUUCUCCCUAAGGCCGGCUUGCUAGCAAAGAAAAGGUAGACGGAUAAGAAAACAGAGACUCAGGAGCGUACGCUAUUGUGACAUGUUCAGCGUCACUAGAUAAAAAAAACCGUUCCGUUUUCGUGCUCCGGUUGAGUCUCGUUCAUGCUAAUAUUCUUCGGCAUGUAUACAUUAUUACGCCAACACAUCCUUCUUUUCCUUCGCUAGUUCAAGGAGGUAAUUUAUAAGGAGUUUUAUCGGGAAAGCCUUCAUGCAGGCUGGUAAAGGGGGUAUGGAUCAGUCUUCACGAACCGGGCUAAAUGGCUUUUCACGUUUCACAGAACGAAAAGUGACUUUUUAAAUCUUUAAAUCACGUUUCACGGACAUCGAAAUGGACGAUUUUACGUUUCUCGUAAGGUGAAAAAUGGUCAAAUCUCGUUCCACGAAAAUACCGCUCUGUUCACGAGUCAAGAUGGCGGGAAAAGGGUUUUCCAGCAUGGCAUGGCACUUCCUUGGAGAAAUCCGGGAAUUAGGGGCUUACAUACUUUGGAAUACUUAGAAUAUGAGAUGCAUUGAUUAAAAAAAAGAUCCGUAGAACACA